CACGGGGCGGAGGGGCGGCCGGCCGGGGAGGAGUCAGCCCGGUGGGAAAGCUGCCCUGUGGGCGGGGGCCGAGGAGACCAGGGCUGCGGUCGGCCCCCAGACUGUCAGGCAGGAAGGAGGUGGCUCGACCCCUGGGCAGUCCCUCCCCUCCGCCUUUCCCCACGCUACUACUUCCCCGGGGCUCCAGGUCCCUCCCGCGCGCGGCUCAGGCGCCGGGGCUGGCCGCUGUAGCCUCUGGACUGGGGACUGCACCAGCCUCCCCUAACAGCAAGGGGGCUCCAGAGACUGCGCAGCCCGGAAGUCUGGUGGCCGGGGGCUUCGGACCAGGAGAAGAGAAGGGAGCUGAGGCGUGAACGGAGCCCGGUUCUGGAAGAGUGUAACCUGGGUCGUUCCUGCAGGACGGUGCCUUGGUAAUGUCCAGGGCGCCAGGAAGAGAUGUCCCUGUGGCUGGAGGCCCCUGUGCCUGAUGUUUCUCCUGACUCUGCCGUGGAGCUGUGGGAGCCACGUGCACAAGAUGCAAGCAGCCAGGCGCAAGCAGCCAGCAGCUGUACCCUCAAGGACGAAGCCAGGACACCCCAAUCUGCUGGCAGUGCCUUGGGGGCGGGGCUGGAGGCAGCAGAGCCCACAGCCCUGCUCCCCAGGGUGGAGGCCCCCGCAGAGCCCACAGAGCUCCGUCCACAAAAGCGGAAGAAGGGGCCAGCCCCGAAGAUGCUGGGGAACGAGCUGUGCAGCGUGUGUGGGGACAAGGCCUCCGGCUUCCACUACAACGUGCUGAGCUGCGAGGGCUGCAAAGGCUUCUUCCGCCGAAGCGUCAUCAAGGGCGCGCGUUACGUCUGCCACAGCGGCGGCCACUGCCCCAUGGACACCUACAUGCGGCGCAAGUGCCAGGAGUGUCGGCUCCGCAAGUGUCGCCAGGCUGGCAUGCGGGAGGAGUGUGUCCUGUCAGAAGAGCAGAUCCGCCUGAAGAAACUGAAGCGACAGGAGGAGGAGCAGGCGCAGGCCGCGGCCGGGCCCCCUCGUGCCCCCUCGCCUCCCCAGGCCCUGCCCCAGCUCAGCCCGGAGCAGCUGGGCAUGAUCGAGAAGCUGGUGGCCGCCCAGCAGCAGUGUAACCAGCGCUCCUUUUCUGACCAGCUUCGAGUCACGCCUUGGCCCAUGGCCCCAGAUCCCCAUAGCCGGGAGGCCCGCCAGCAGCGCUUUGCCCACUUCACCGAGCUGGCCAUCGUGUCCGUGCAGGAGAUCGUGGAUUUUGCCAAACAGCUGCCCGGCUUCCUGCAGCUCAGCCGGGAGGACCAAAUCGCCCUGCUGAAGACCUCUGCGAUUGAGGUGAUGCUGCUGGAGACGUCUCGCAGGUACAACCCUGGGAGUGAGAGCAUCACCUUCCUCAAGGAUUUCAGCUACAACCGGGAGGACUUUGCCAAAGCAGGGCUGCAAGUGGAGUUCAUCAACCCCAUCUUCGAGUUCUCCAGAGCCAUGAAUGAGCUGCAGCUCAAUGAUGCCGAGUUCGCCUUGCUCAUUGCCAUCAGCAUCUUCUCUGCAGACCGGCCCAACGUGCAGGACCAGCUCCAGGUAGAGAGGCUGCAACACACAUAUGUGGAGGCCCUGCAUGCCUACGUCUCCAUCCACCACCCCCAUGACCGGCUGAUGUUCCCGCGGAUGCUGAUGAAACUGGUGAGCCUCCGGACACUGAGCAGCGUCCACUCGGAGCAAGUGUUUGCACUGCGCCUGCAGGACAAAAAGCUGCCCCCUCUGCUGUCUGAGAUCUGGGAUGUACACGAAUGACUGUCCUGGCCCGGUACCUUCCGUCUUCUGGCCCCAAAGCUGAGGCCCCCAGGCUGCCUCCUAUAGAGGGGGAGCAGACUGACAAGGGCAAACAUUCCUGGGAGUUGGGCGAAGGAGAGCUUCACAUGGCAUUAAAGGAGAGUCAAAGCGUU